GCUGUGUAUCCAAGCAUUCAUUCCUUCUCUAUUUAUUUCUCUUUCUUGAGUUGUUAAUAUUUGUGUUUAGGAAUUUCCUUGACUUUUAAAACAUCUCAAGGGCCGGCAGAAAAGAACAAAACCCGAAUUCUGAGUAAGUUCGGCAUAACAGUGCGUGUCGCUACCGAAAAUGUGGCCCCAAGAAUUUAAUCCGUCGAGACCUCCAUUCCAUAAAAGGCCAGAGAGAUUAAGACCAUCAGGGAACUCAUUUUACACUGACGAUAUGCGCUACAGAAACACGGAGGUUCCGAACAAUCCUUCAGCAAGUUUCCGACCCAUGAUAAAUAGAGGGACUGGCGGUUCUAUGAUAAAUUCCAAAAUGAGGAUGGAUGGACCUAACGCAAGGGGAAGAAACUUCCCUAUGGGAGCAGCAUUCGUGGAGCCUUUAAGCGAAAGGGGAAGAAAUUCUCUGACAAGUUGGCAUCAUAGGAUGAAUCAGCCUAAAGAGACUACAAGGGAUAGAGUUGAUGUGAAAUAUCAAAAUGUUAAGGAAAAUACUCUAUACAACAUGUAUGUUUGCCCUCAAUGUGAUGAGCACUAUUCCUAUAGACAUUCGCAAAUAAAAUACCAAGACAAAAUACCACUAGUUCUGCCUUGUUGCCACACUGUAUGUCAGGAAUGUAUUUUCCGCAGCUUAUCGGGCAAUUCAAUAACCUGCCCAGUUUGCCAAGUAGAAAAUAAAUUGUCUCUUUCGGAAACACCAAUGAGAGUGACUGAUCUGCAACAGAUUUUUCACCCAAAUUAUUACCUCAUAGGUGUCAUUUCCUACCAUAAACCAGUUGGUAGUCAGGUGAAUUUAGAAAAUAUCAAAUUUGUUUCCACUGUGUUGAAACAACAUUUAGAAUUGCCUCCUCCUUCGGAGAGGUGCUGUUUUGUUUCUUGCAAAAGAGAAGCAACUGUAUAUUGUCCAGAUUGUGAGGGAAUAUUCUGCUCCGAUUGCAGUAUCACCAUACACCAAAAUACCAAAAAAUUAAUGGCACACAAGCCGGAACCGAGGAAAGAUAACAAAUUGCCAUUUGUAUUUCAAAAUUGUCCCGAUCAUCCAAAAAUGCAACUUGAAUUUUUUUGUGAGGAAUGCGACUUGGAAGCCUGUUGCUAUUGCAUUUUGAAUAAACACCACGGUCACGAAAAGAUCACCCUCUAUUGCUUGGAAGAUGGGGAAAAGGAAGAGUUUAGUAGAUUGAAAACGGAAGCCCAGUCCAUUUUACAUCACAUUUUAAAAUCCCAAAAGAAAGCAGCCAGUUUUUCCCAGUUCAACGCGGAUUCGGUAAAAAAGGGAGUGUGUUCUUAUUUCGUGGAUUUUCAUGCGAAAGUAUUUACCAUAGAGAAAUCACUGUGUCAAGAACUUAACAAUGUUUCAUCCAACAGCAGGGGUCUCAAUGAAAUUCAGUCAAGAUUGUCAGCAUGGGCGGAAGAACUAAAAAAGUUGCUAGUGCUCGAUGUAAAUGGCCCCGGAGAGCAGAAGUUAAAUUUCAGAAGUGCUCUCGCGAAGCUUAGGGAAGUCAGGAACAUUCCCGCGUUUUUGAUAAACGAAAAAGGCAGCACCGAACCUGCAAGGUUUAUAGCCAACCCCUCAGUUAUGAAAUUGCUGGACGAAGGUUUUUCCAUCGAAAAAUAUGAAGAUUCUGAGUACAAGUUAGUUACUGCAGAUGAAUUGCCCAAUGAUUAUGUUGUCGACGACACUUUGUCCGAUAGCGACCUUGAUGGCCCUACCAGCGCUCUGUUGAGCCAGUCAGUUCGAAGUGAGGAUAGUUCGGUGCCAAGUGGGUUCGAAGAGGUCCCAAGAACCCGUAAAAAGAUUACCUUAUCUCGAAAGACGCACAAGCAAAAACACCAUAACUCAAAGCGAUUAGUGGAAAAGGUAGAGGUCCAACACAUAAACUCGAUGGACAGUUUCUUCGUACACUACAAGAGUAUGGAAUCAAAACUCAACCAGCUAAACAAGGAUAUCGAAAAUUAUAUCAAAUUGGGCGGGGCCCAAUUGAUCAGACACCCUCAGAUCAAUAACUUGUAUUUGGCGCACUACAUCAGUGAGACGCACAGCGGUCAGAAGGAGCAACGUUGGUGCCGCGGGAGGCUCGUGGCGUUAAAGAACGGCGAAACCGAGCCCCUGUACAAUGUGUUUUUUAUCGAUUACGGCAAAACUCAAACCGUAAACAGCGGGAGAAUCAAAGACAUCCCGCCGUUUCUGCAGCAGAUCAAACCGAUGGCGUUCGAAUGUAUGCUGUUCAACCCGAUGAACGUCGAUUGGAACAAGCGCGCACACUAUACCCUCGCCAAGACUCUUAACGGCAAAGAGGUUUAUAUGAUGGUGAAAUCGGAAAAUUGUGGUAUCCUUGAGGUCGAUCUGAUGAUUUCAUCGACCGAUGGUGGAAUGACUUCAGUGAUAGAUAUUUUGGUUCACGGCGGGUCUAACACGUCUCAGUCCAACGACGAGAGCAACCUGGAAGAGGGCACUGUACUGAAGAAGCAAAUAUAUUAUCCCCAAUUGACGGUCUUCCCUAAUAGCAACAAGUUCGAAAAGAACCAAAAAGAACGCGUGGUCAUUGCCAAUGUUAUCGAUCCUCAUAAUAUUAUUGUUCAUUUGGCCAGCCAUCAAGAAUCGUUCAAAUCAAUGCUCCAUUCUUUGAAAAAAUCGUACAAACAUUCUGAAGAUAGCGUCGUCCCUAUCGAAGGCACCUAUGUCCUCGUCGAGUAUCGAGACCCCGUACGAUCCAACUGGCACCGCGCCUAUAUCAAACAAAUAGACUGCAACGGCAAUCAGGCGCACGUAAACCUCCUCGACUGGGGCCUGACCGUAAUCGUAUCCAUGGCCAACAUCAGACCGCUCCAGGAAGCUUUUACGAAGCUAGAGUGUCAGGCGGUCGUUGUCAAAAUGGCUCACAUUCAGCCUUUUAACAAGCAACCCACUUGGUCUUCGAACGCGUCCCUCUUCCUGCAGGCAUACCUCCGGUCCCAGGACAUUUUAAAGAUGGUGGUGCACGAAACCGAGAACGGAGUGGAGGUCGCUUUGUUCGAUAUGUCGGGACAGGUCGACCUUUGUUUGAAUACCAUGAUGGUCGAGAACAGUUUAGCCGAUUCUACCGGUCCCAUCUCUACCAGACUCGAGUGGCCUCAAUACGAAACGGCGGUGCCCGACAACAACCAGAGCUACGAAGAAGAGGAUCUGAUAGCUUCUAUGCUCGAAAAAGCGAACGACGAGUCGGAAGAGGAAGACGCAACAAACGUACGCAAACGCCAGGUCGACGUGGUGAAAGUGGUGAGCCCGGAUCUGAUUUGGGUCAAGUUCCUUGACCUCCGCCACAGAGAGAGUAUGCUGUACAGCGAGCUCCAGAUACAUUACAAUUUCGAACCAGUGAAGAGGACGCAGUGGGAAGUCGGCGAGACGUGCGUGGUCGAGCUGGAGAACGAAUUCGCACGCGGCAAGGUCCUCGGACCGAUCGAAGAUGGCUGGAAGGUGUACCUCGUGGAUAAGAUCGUGGAAGUUGAUUCGCCUGCGGAUAAGAUGUACGAGUACGACACCCACUUCUCCAAGUAUCUCCAAGCGGUGACGAAAACCCAUCUGGUGAACGUCAAACCGGCCGGCGACACAGGAAAUUGGAGUAUAUCAUCGGUAGAGGCCCUUCAAGCUAUAUUUGACAAACAUAAGCGGAUCUUUGUACACAAACCCGAUGACGCGGACGAAUCUGAAGAGAAGUCGAUGCCCGUGAACAUGUGGUAUGGCAUCGUAAUACGGGGAGGUCCUCUGGAUCCCGAUCGUAUUAAAUACGUCUCUAUCAACAAUCUGCUCGUGAAAUUGGGCUUUGCGUACAAAAAAUCUCAAAAGAAAUCAACUAAAGAAACGAUUGCAGCCGCUGAUAAGUUGCUAAGUUCCAUCGAGAAUGCACCAUCGACUUCAUGCGCGUCAUUCAUGGCGGAGCAGAACGACGACUAUUCCAGCGAAGAAAUUCCAUUAGAAACGGAGGAAAAUUAUACCGACAGAAGGGAUAACGACAUACGGUUGGAAAGUCUUGAAAAUGAGGAGGUUCCGAUCCAAAAUAGCGACGUCGCAGACAUUGAUAACGCCAUGAACUGGAUCGACAUCGUCGAGGCCGAUCGAAGUAUGAUCGCCAAAUCUAAGAAGUCAAAAUCGAAAAAAAAGAUGAAGAACAAACUGCCGUUCACAUCUAAUGACGAAAGCAAGGGGUCGUCCAAGGCCGUUAAGACCCCGAACAGUUCCCCUUACCGGACAUUCGAAAUCUCAAUCGACGAUUGGAAGCCACCGUUCAGACUGAGCAAAAGGGAGUUCAGGGCGAAAGUGACGUGCGUCGAGACCGGCGGUCAUUUGUAUUUGCACGAGGAAGCGAUAGACGAAGUGUACAGGAAGAUGGAGGCCAAUAUAAAGGAGUACUUCGAUAGCAACCCCCCACUAUGUGCGGAUCACAAUUGGGAACCCGGCCAUCUGUGUACAAUUCGUUACAAUGACGGCAAGUGGUAUAGAGGGAGAAUUUUGAAAAUAAUCGACAGCAAGAAGAUAAGCGUGUUAAUGAUCGAUUUCGGCAGCGACCACGAAGUGUCACCAGACAUCCUUUUUCGCGAAGUAUUAUAUACCGACAUCAACGCGUUCGCCACCAAAGUGAAACUGGACAAAAUUCAUGCGCUAUCCGGCAAAUGGCUGACGUCUGACUACGACAGUUUGCUCGCUUUGGUCACGGAUUGGUGUCGGAUCAUCGUCAAAGGCCCGCUGGAGGUGGACAUGCCCAACGUCGAGGCCUACAACGAAGAUGGCUUGUUCAUCAAUCAGAGGAUAAUCGAAAUCUGCCCGAAUCUCUCUCACGCGAAUUUCCCGCAGCUCACCGACACAGACGACGAAGAGUGCGUAGUUAUCGAGAAUGAAGAGGUGUUCGAUACAACAGACGGUGACUUGGACUGUGCGAAAUAUGUUUCGUGCGAAGACAUGCUGGACUGGAAGUACAAACAAAGAUGCGUACCCAAGGAGAUGUUGGCAAAGGAAAAGGUCAGGCUGGAAAUAAGCGGCGUGAUGUCAUACAACCAAGUAGCUCUGAAAGAAAUUGGCGAGAAUAUCAGCGAAGACAUGUAUAACCUGACGAUCGACAUCCAAGACUAUGUGAAUAAUAUUCCGCUAUUGAAAGACUUUAAGGUUGGGGUACCGUGCGUCGCCCAGUACUCAGUAGACGAGGUGUGGUACCGAGCCCGAGUUAAGGACGUCGGAGACUUCGAGACGUCGGGCGUCGUCGAGGUAAUAUUCGUCGACUACGGGAACCUCGAAUGGGUUCCAGUGACUAAAAUCCGAGCGGCGAGAUACGAAUGGCUGCAAAUGCCGCAAGAGUCGUGGGAGGCGCGGCUGAACUUCGAAUUGGGGAAGAAGUCGGAGGCGGGGGCAGUAUUUGAGGCGCUAAAAUCGUUGAUCGGUAAAAAGCGACUCGUGGAGCUAGUCAAACCGAGUCCACUGACUGUCGAUAUUUACGACAAUGAAGGAAAACUAUGUUACCAAACGUUCUUGGAUAGCGAGGUUCUUGAAUGCCAUUCGUAACUCGCAGCUAGUACCCAGUAAAGCAUGUUUUUCAGUCGUUUCUCAUUUGCAUUGUUUAUAUUCCGACAGAGGGGUUAUGUAUAAGGUAAAGUCAUGUUUUAGUGCCUUCUCUUAAGUUUCAGUUUUUGUUAACCUUAUGUUGUAAUUAUUUUUUUCAAAGAAAAUAAAUUCAUUUUCAUUUAACAUUUUUAUGAUUGACAAUUCUUAUACAAAACUAGUAUACUCACACCUUCUUCAAAGAUAGUAAGGUCAGUAAAAAGUUUUAUUUACAACCUCCAUUUUAAACUUGGCUUUGCGCCUUUAGUGGUGGGCUUGUCAACGCUAAGGUAAGGACCGCUGAAAUUAAUAAAAUUAAUACAUAGUACAUAAGCCGAUUAACUCACGAAGAACAAGAGAAAGAAACUCUGGGGUUAGAAGAUUAUUGCGCAUGUGCACGCUUAACGUCACAAACUUAAAUGUGCAUCAUAAAAUGAUGAUUUUUUGGAUUGAAUUCAUAGUUACACAAGAAAUCGUCUAAUGGAAGGCAAUUUUCACAAAUUUCAAAUCGCUAAAGGAAACCCACGGAAGUAAAUUUAUAGAAGCCAGAAUAAAAACGGCCACGGCGCAUAAGUUGCAGCGUACAGGGAUGUACAAAAACAGAUACAAGCUCUUUUUUUUUUUCGGUAAUGGGUGAGUGCCUAGAGUAUUUGCCUACUAAAAGCAAAGCAAAGAAAAAGAAAUAUACAAUGAUCGCAUUGUGUCAAUCGUUCAUUUUACGAGAACCGAAUCAAUCAGUGACCGAUUUCAAUCAAUCGUUCAUUUCAAUACUUUUUGUUACCAACAAUAGUCACUGAAUCCGAACAGUCCGAAGGAUCGAUUCAGACUCAUUUGAAUUUGUAUUAUUGUUGUGUCUAUAUGUUCUGUUUAACUGUUUUAGUUAGUAUAAUAUUUAAAUGUGUUCUGCUUUAUAUUGCAUCAUGAUUUUAUCAAAAUAGGUGCUACGUAUUGGGUUGUACAAGUAAUACAUUAAUUUGUUUAAAUUAAAUACCUAUGUGGAAAUAGAUAUUUCAUUUCGGUUCAUCAGUCGUCCUGUAUUCGGUCACUUCAGACCGGUUAGGCCGGCAGCCAGAGCGAACUAAGUGCUCAAAUCGUUACGAAUAAGCGGGAUUCGGUCGAUCCUAUGAAGUGGUCGAAUCAAAGUGACCGAAUCAAUCUUGUUUGACACACCUCUAGCUACGUAGCCGUAGCCAAGCGAUCGGUAAUGGCAGAAUUAUUAGUAUUUACAAAAUUAACAAUUUUUUUUUCAGGGUCCCAACGGGAAAGUUUUCUCAAAAACCCCUCGAGAUGAGCAACAUAUGUAACCCUAGUAAACUAUGUAAAGUAAAAACUAGGUUAAGUUUCAAGAAUUUUUUAUUGGUAUA